UCUGCGCGCUGAGUUUGCUUGGAGGACUGAUCGAGCAGAGGGAAAAUGAAUCAAAUGUUGUAAUGAGGUGCAGUCAGAUUGUGUAUAUUGAUACGGAGAGCUUUCCGUGGACAGCGGUGGAGCUGGCGUUGUGCAUGGAAUAAAAUCGCGGGGACAUUAUUGCUUUGUUCAGAGCCAGAGGAAUACGGGCAUCGACUGUGGAAAUGUUUUGUUUCGAGGUGACACAUCGUGUGCGGGGCACUUGCUGAAAUUGUCUGAUGCGCGUUUCAAGUUUUACUUUUAAGGAGGAGUGCCGACUUGAGGUGAAUUUGAUCAUAUCCACGAUCAAACCUUGUAUCUGUAUGACGCUCUGUUAUGUUGUAGGAUGAGCGCUGACCUCGAGAGCGUUUCGCUCAACACGUCGUUGAACUCGAUCGUCUUGGGCGGUCGUGCGCUCUCGACAAACGUCCGAAGGCUACACAAAGCUCUCAAUACUCUGCUCAAUGACCGGGAGAGAGAGCAGUUCAUCCACUGUCUCAAUGUUUACCACGCCAAGCGCAACGUCUUCGACUUGGUUCAAACUCUUAAAGUGAUUCUCAACACGCCAGACAAACGGCACCUCUUGCCCAUGUUGCGCCUGGUCAUCCCGAGGUCCGACCAGCUGCUGUUCGAUCAGUACACGUCUGAGGGACUCUAUCUGAAGUCGGACCUCAUCCCCAGCAACGGCAUCGCAGAGGACUUUGUGGGUGAGGUAGAUUCAGCUGCUAGUUCCAUCCCUGAGCAGGUUCUGUCGUCGUCGGGCUGCCCGGACGGUUUAAGCGCAGCUGCUGAACUCUCCGCUUGCGUGGUCCCACCGUUCUGUGAGGGCCCCUUUGGAGACACGCGCAAAGUGACCCUGACGCGCUCCAGAAGCCACGAGGGUCUCGGCUUCAGCGUUCGAGGUGGUUCAGAGCACGGCGUAGGCAUCUACGUGUCCCUAGUGGAGCCAGGCUCAUCGGCUGAGAGAGAAGGACUGAGAGUCGGGGACCAGAUAGUGGCCGCUAAUGACAUACUGUUUGACAAAGUCACUCACAUAGAGGCGGUGAAGGUGCUGAAAGGAUGCAAGACGCUGAACAUAUCUGUGUGCUCCAUGGGACCGACUCCUGGCGGCUACAUUACCAACAAUCUGUACAGCUGGGUGGACCCACAGGGCCGGAGUGUCUCCCCGCCACCUGAUAGCCAGGAAGACAGUCAAAGGCACGGGCACAGGAUGGAAGAGCGAAUGGUGAACCUGAACAUGGAAGGAGGUCGAUCUCUCGGUCUAAUGAUCAGGGGUGGUGCUGAGUAUGGACUGGGCAUAUACAUUACUGGAGUGGACCCUGGAUCUGCUGCAGACAUUGGUGGACUAAAGGUGGGUGAUCAGAUAUUGGAAAUCAACGGUCAGAGCUUUGUGACCAUCUCCCACGACGAGGCGGUUCAUAUCCUAAAAACAGGGUACCACUUGCUGAUGAAAGUGACGGAUGUUGCCCGUGUACCUCAUGCAUGCACAGUGGUGGAUGAGCCCAAAUGGAUCAGCAGUCGGGGAAUAAUCGAGUCCAGUGCACCAGCUAACCCCAGUUCUGUCCCCAACACCUCUAUCAGCGGUGGCAUCCAUGAUAGUGGCAGUUCCAGUAACUGUUGUACAAGACCAUCUUCAGCCAGAGCUACACCUGUAUUAGGAAAGCCAGCAGGAUGCAGAGGUGUGGGCCCACCCAGUGCUCAGGUGUCACUGGAACAGCAGGCCUACAUGUUGCUGACAGAGCCAGAGAGGCAAACCAUGGCCUACUACCUGCAGGAGUACCAAGAAGGACAUAUAGGAGUAGGGUCUCUGACCAUGGCUCUGUUUGAGCUUUUCAAUACACAUGCAAAGUUGUCCAUGUUGUCUGAGAUGAGGAGACUGGUGGCGCCACAGGAUUUGGAAGUGUAUGAUGGACUGGUGUUGCAACAUGGAAGGGAGGCUCACCAAUCCUGGUGUGGAGGCCUAGAAGUGUGGCAGUCUCAGGGCCAUUGUAGCCAUAUAGCCCCUAUGAUCCAUGAUGCAGAGCAAACCAUCCCUGCUAUGGAUGAAAAGCAGGCUUCAAGUGAACCUUUUCCACCCUUCAGAGCUGCUUCUGUCCAGUCCCAAAGAAGACCAUUCAUGGAGAAAGAGCUCAACUGCAAGCCUUCAGCCAAAGUGGUGCAGCCCAUUUCUUGCCUGCUCGUCACUGGUCCCACCCAUUUACUCCAGGACUCUCCCCACAAGCCUAUCAAAUCCCUUCCCACCAGCCAACACCAGCCAAAACCAGCCUCCCCCCAUCAUGCAUGCCCUGGUCCCACCCACUACACUUCCCUGAAUUCCCUUCAACACACCUGCCAGAAUUCCUUCCAGCUCUCUGAUUCUGAACACCACAAUAAUCCUCAUUUUGAUUACCAUGUCCACCAUCAUAGCCAGCCCAUUUCAGGUCACCACACCUGCCCAGGCUUCCUGCAUCACCGGGACUUUCCCAGCUCUGCUAAACCAGAGGCAUCUAUCAAGUUUUCUUCUAGAUCCAGCUCCUAUGAAAAGUCUUCCGUCUUGUCAACGUCUGCAUCCUCUUCAAAAGCAGCAACUCCCCUGCCAUCCCCUCAACCAUCUCAUCAUCCCUCUCCAUGUCCGUCCCCCUGCCCCUCUCUCAUCACGCCUGCCACUCCACCCUUUAGCACUGACCAACGCUGCUCACCUGCUCUCACACAGAAAGUCAUGGUAACAGAAAGGAAUCGGCUAUCAGCAGAUGCCAGACCACAGCAAAGAGGGGCCACCCUAUCACAGUUGUCAGACAGCGGCCAGACUCUGAGUGAGGACAGCGGGGUGGAUAUAGCAGAGGCAGGAGGCUUCAGUAAGGAUGGCAGCCCACGACCUAGCAAAAAUCACCGGACCCAUCUGGAACAGCCAGGGUUUCAUGCACUUUCUCCAGGGAUUGGCAGACAAUCUCCCUUACCUGUGCCAGGGCCUACUGCUGUGCUGGUACGAGUGUUGAAAAAUUCGAACACCUUGGGCAUCGCAAUAGAGGGUGGAGGAAGUACACGCCAACCUUUGCCUCGCAUAGUCUCCAUUCAGAAAGGAGGCUCGGCUCAUAACUGCGGCCAGCUAAAAACUGGCCAGGUCAUUCUGGAGGUCAAUGGCAUCCCCUUGCAAGGCCGGGAACACAAAGAUGCUGCCAGGAUCAUUGCUGAAGCCUUCAAGACAAAAGAAAAGGGACACAUUGACUUCCUGGUAGUUGAGCCAGGGCUCUAGUAUUGGAAUUUUGCACUUUAUGCAGCUUGGUUUAAGAAAACACUGUUUUACGUGAAAGAUGCUAAACUCCAUAUGGUGUUGUCCUAUAAUCAAGGCUCAUAUUUUAUUUUCAGGGAAAGGAUUAUUGGACUUAUGUAUCAGGUAAUUGUUGAUUGCACUCUACAGAAAUUUGCACAAUUUAAACUUAAAAAGGGGUAGUAUAAUAAUAAUUGCUAUAAAUACCAGUGCUAUUUGCAGUUGUUUAGUAUUUUAAUUUUAUUUAAUUGUGUUUCACUAAAAGAGCUAUUAGCACUAAUUGAUGCUACAGCAAGUAAUACUGACAACAGCCAAUCAUGCCAAAGUGAGUGAACUUGGUCUUUAAGGAUUUAUAUGCUUUUCAUUAUUUAGAUAAUCCAGAGAAACACAACUGUUUACAGUCUCUUAUGGCAAAGAGCAACAGUAUUAUUGCACUUACCAAGUUAGCAUGUAGAACUUCAAUACAAGCAUACAGUUAAGUCAGAUUAAUUGCUUAAUUAGAGGAUCCAUUAUAUGGACUAAAAUGUUGGGCCACCUACACAUUUUAUCUUCAGUAGCUUUUAAUACAUCUCAUUCAACAGUUAUAGGCAUUGAUAUGGAGUUGGUCUGUCCUUUGAAGCUAUAACAGCAUCCACUUUUCUGGGAAACCUCUGCAAGGUUCUUCAGCAUGUCUGUGUGAAGUUUUGCCCAUUCGUCUAGAAUAGCAAUUCUGAGAUCAGACACUGAUGGUGGAAGAGAGGACCUGUCUCACAAUCUCCAUUCUAGUUCACCCCAACAGUGUUUGAUGGGGUUGAGGUAGGGGUUCUGUGCAUUGUAUGUCAACCAACCAUGCAUUUAUGUACUUUGCAUUAUGGUAAAUGGUGAAUGAACUGAUUCCUAUAUAGCGAGGAUACUAUCUUGUACAUAUUACAUGAAUAACUAAAAACAGUUUCAUUCUAAUAAAUAUUCUAAUAAAUAAUAUAAUAACAACACUUUAUUAUAUUAUUAUAAUCCUACUCCACCUUUAAUGUAACUCUUUUUUUCACCCAGCUGUAUAUGUUUGUAGGCCAGGAUGUGCCAUCCUCACCAUGAAACCGUGUCCAAACACAUAUACUGUAGAUAUCAGUGAAAAUCUUAUAUGAAUCACCAUAUAUGAUUAUGGUAUUCAUGUUUAUACAGAAAACAGUUUGACCAAUUCAGAAAAGCAACUACUUACUGAAUGGAGGAACUCGCAGUUUGCCCAGACAGCUGUUGCUGAAAAAUACAUCAUAUAAAAAUUAUAUAAAAUCACUGGACGUCAUCAUCAACACAAGUGUACUGCAUCACUCCUAAUUAGAAAUUACAAGAGAUUCUGAGAGAAGGAUUUAUUGCAAAACUGUUGAACUAAAGUGCAUUGGCUUUACUGGGGAGACUAACAAAGAGCAAGUUGAUUAAUAUUUAUAAAAGAUAAAAUCAUUCCUUUUCUUAUCAGUGCUUUGAUAAAUACUAUUAAAUAUUGAAUGAUUCUAUAAUGAAACAGCUACAGAAAAGAGCGAUGCUUCUGAAAAAGUAAAAAUCGAUUCAAUGUCUAAGUCUUAAAAUGGUUGUGAAAGGUUUUUAUUCAUUCAUCACAGAGUUGAAGGGACUGACUGACUUUUCACGUUUUGACAUAUAUGGUGAAGCUUUUGAUUGUUGCUGUGUCUUUUGCACAGUUGAGUCUGUGAGUUGCAGAGAAAACUGCAAUAUGCAGGAUUUUUCUGCUACGUGAAUUAUACCAAAAUGAUUGAGUCCAUAAAUGUCUGGGAACAUAGGAAACCAGUUGCUGGACUUUUGGGAGAGAAAACCUGUUCAGACAGCCAAUACACAGACGUCUUUUAUUAUAAACUUAGCAUCGUCUUGCUGAAACAUGUAUCCCCUUCAAUAACAAAAGGUCAGUGGCAGCUUGUCUUGCACACUCAGUUUACCAUCAAAGACCGGAGGUUUAUCCACAAUGUGCAUGCACAAACAACCAGAAAAAGCCUUCUCAGCUUAACAGGUUUCAGUGUUUGUUAAGGAGACACUUACACACCUGUGAAAUCAAGAAACACUUCAGUUUAAAAAUGGGAUCCAAGGCAAGAGCAGCUUUCAGCAACAACAGUCAGUUGCAACUAGAAAAUGGUAGUAAUGUGAACAAUGGAAGCAAACAGACAAGAAGCAAUUGUGAAACAUGAAAGGUUUCGCUUUCACUUUGGUACAUACAGUGGCUUGCAAAAGUAUUCGGCCCCCUUGAACUUUCCCACAU